AUGGAAGCUCUCCCGAAUGUCACGUCCUCUCCCAUCAUCUUCCUGCUCACUGGCGUUCCCGGGCUGGAAGCCUUCCACACCUGGAUCUCCAUCCCUUUCUGCCUUCUCUAUGCAACUGCCCUCUCAGGAAACAGCCUGAUCCUCUUUGUCAUUACCACUCAGCCCAGCCUCCACACGCCCAUGUAUUAUUUCCUCUCCAUGUUGUCCACCACUGACCUCGGGCUGUCCAUAUCCACACUGGUCACCAUGUUGGGCAUAUUCUGCUUCAAUGCCAGGGAGAUCGGCUUCAAUGCCUGCUUGUCACAGAUGUUCUUUAUUAAACUGUUCACUGUCAUGGAAUCCUCCGUGCUGUUGGCUAUGGCUUUUGAUCGUUUUGUGGCCAUCUCUAACCCCCUCAGGUACGCCACUAUUUUAACCGAGUCCAGAAUAGCUAAAAUUGGAGUGGCGAUUGUCCUCAGGGGGACCCUGGUGCUCACACCAAUGGUUGCACUUCUUAAACGACUCUCCUUCUGCAGUAGCCACGUGCUCCACCACUCUUACUGUUUCCAUCCUGAUGUAAUGAAGCUCUCCUGCACAGACACCAGGAUCAACAGUGCAGUUGGGCUUACUGCUCUCAUCACCACUGCUGGGGUGGACUCCAUCUUCAUUGUCCUGUCCUAUGCUUUGAUCAUUAGGACUGUCCUCAGUAUUGCCUCCCCAGAGGAGAGGAAGAAAGCCUUCAGUACAUGUAUCUCUCAUAAUGGGGCUGUGGCUGUAUUCUACAUCCCACUGAUCAGUCUGUCCUUUGUCCACAGAUUUGGAAAGCAAGCCCCGCCCUAUGUGCAUACCAUGAUUGCCAAUGCCUACUUGCUGAUCCCUCCUGUCAUGAACCCCACCAUCUACAGUGUGAAGACCAAGCAAAUACGCAGGGCUGUGCUGAAAGCUCGCCAUUCCAGCAUGACAAAGACCUAG